AUGGCCUUUGCCCACCACGGCUGUGAGCACAUCGGCAAGCGAGUCACGCGCCGCUUUGAAGGCGUUAACGUCGGAGGCGUCGUGAGUGCGUGGGCCCCGGCCGACGGCCAAGAAGAGGCGCUCUACCGCGUGCGUCACGACGACGGUGAUGAAGAGGACCUCGAUCGGCAGGAGCUGGAGGACGCCUUGGCGCUGGCCGCCAAUACUCCGGUGGACCUCAAGGGCCGAUUCCUCGCCGUGCCAACCUCAUUCUUCCAGGUCGAGGCGGGGUUCUACCUGGCGCGAUGCAGCAGCGUCAGCGCCGGCGGCAAAAUUUGGCUCAGGUACGGCUCGGACAACUACUCGCACUGGGUGCCGCACGCGAUCGCGAGCAAGUGGCUCAUCAGCGAUAGCGAGGCGCGCCGAGGCGACUGGGUUGGCUCUGGCGGCGUCGGUUCCUUCGCAGCGGGUGCCCAGGCUGAGGAGGUGGGCGAGGCGCCGGUGGCGGAGGCGGAGGGCUUGCGCCUGCACCUGUCAAGCAGUAGCAGCACCGGGUACGCAGGCGUGUCGAAGACCACCCGCUAUACCGGCCGCUUCCAUGCGCGGCACAAGGUGGGCGGAAGGAGCCUCGGCUCCUUCGGCUCAGCGGUGGAGGCGGCGGUGGCGUACGCGCGGGCAGUGGGGGAGGCGGAUGAGGAGGGCGAGGAGGGCGAGGAGAACGAGGGGGGCGAGGCGGGCGUGGCGGGCGAGAACGUCGCUUCUGCCGCCGCCCGCCGAGACUCCGCGCAGCGCAGCAGCGGGCGGCGCCGCUCGGUGCCCGCUCGCUUCGUGGCGGAGCCCUCUUUGCAGGGCGACGAGUCGCAGCUCGAGUUCGCCGAGAAGCUGCUGCUGCCGGCCGCGCAGGAGGCGGUGCCACAGCAGCAUGCGGCGGCGGCGCCGCCAGAGGCUGCCAUGAAGUUUGGAGUCGGAGAUGCGGUGCUGGGCAAGUUUGGCCCCGACGACGAGGGCAAGACGGGCGGCGUGCUCGACAAGUGGUACCGCGCCGUCGCGGACGGCACGUAUUCCCUCGAGUACGAAGACGGCGACAGCUGGGAGCAGGUGCCACGCGUGCACGUGAGGGCGCGGAAGCGGCCGCGCGACGACGAGGCGUCUUCGGCAUCGAUGGAGGCGGCAGAGCCGGCAGCAGCGCAGCGAGGCGGCGGGGAGAAGAAGCGCGGCCGCCCGUUGGGGAGCAAGAAGUCGAAGCUCGCCAAGAAGGGGGUGCCGAAGCGGGGCGCCAAACCGAGAGGCAGACCUCCGCACGGGUGCUCGUGGAGCGAGAAGCAGAGCGCGUACGUCAACGAAGAGCAGGCGGGCGUUCGGCGCGCCGCGGCGGCGGAGUCGGAGGAGGAGGCACAGGCGGAGGAAGGGGAGGGCCCCGGCACGCCUCCCGGCACGCCGCCGCCGGAGGCAGCGGCGGCGGCGGCGGCGGCGGAGGAGGAGGAGGAGGAAGAGGAGGGCGAGGAGGAGGAGGAGCAGGAGGAGGAGGAGGAGGAGGAGGAGGAGGGUGCGGACGACGGCGACGAGGAGGUGGACGGGGAGGAGGCGGACGACGAGGAGGUGGACGAGGAGGAGGGGGAGGAGGAGGGGAAGGAGUCCGCCUCCCGUCGCAGCUCGCGCGUGCCCGUCCGCAUGCCGACCGGCGAGACGUACGUUGGCGGUGGCUUGGCACCCACCACCGCGCCGCGCGCCAAACCGACCGCCAAGGCUCCCGCCAAGGCUCCCGCCAAGGCUCCCGCCACGCCACCCGCCGCCGUCGAGGCGCUGCAGCAGCCGGCGGCGGAGGCGGAGGGGCUGCGGCUGCACCUCUCGAGCAGCAACAGCACCGGCUACAAGGGCGUGCGCGAGCCGCGUACUGGCCGCUUCGAGGCGCAGCGCAAGGUGGGCAGGCGGGCGGCCUCGCUCGGCACCUUCGACACGGCGGUCGAGGCGGCGGUGGCCUACGCGCGGGCGGUGGGGCAGGCGGAGCCGGAGGGCGAGGAGGAGGGGGAGGGCGAGGAGGAGGGGGGGGAGGAGGAGGAGGCUCGGCCGGGCGGGCCGCUCACCGCUGCCGACGCAUUCGAGGGCGCUGCGGUGGCGGUUUACUUCUCGGACGUGUCUCGCUGGUACCGCGGCGAGGUGACGUCCGUCAACAACGACGGCACCUUUGGCGUGGGGCGUACGGGCUGCACCUUUGGCGUGGCGUACGAGGACGGCGAGGAGGAGGAGGCGGUGCCGCUGGAGGACCUCUUCCACGAGCUGCAGGCGGGACCACCGCCUGCCUCGUCCCCGCCCCCGGCUGCUCCACCACCAGCGGCGCGCCCGCCCCUCGGCAUGCCGGCCGUCGAGCGGGCGCUCGAGGGCGUCGGGCUGGAGCGCUACGCGGCGGCGUUCGACGAGCAGGGGUUCGACGACCUCGGCUUCCUGCUCCAGAUGAACGCGGCGGAGCGGGCGGCGGUGGCGGAGGGCGUGGGGAUGAAGCCUGGCCACGCGGGCAAGUUUGUCAAGCACGGUUUCGAGGCGCCGGUGGCUUAGAGGCUGUCGAGCCGGCGCGAGGCUGAGCGUCGAGAGCGAACGCGCGCCCUGGUUGAUUGCGUUUACGUGUACGUGUGCAUGCCGUCUGUCUUGGUGAGGCGCCCGACUUGCGAUGUGUUAUGUUUGGCUGCGAUGCGUGCGCGCGCCGCGCGGGAGAGGGAGGUGAGGACUGAUGUUUGCGCGCCGCUAAUGUGGCUGUAGGAG